AGCAGUGCGCGGCCAAGGUGAGAUCACACAACCGUGCUGCUUCUCGUUGGGAGCUGUCCAUCCAGUACUACACUACACGGACGGAUCUCCGUUACACCGCACUGUUACUGGGAAUUACCGGUUGGAUUGUUGCAAGUGCUCACUUGCAUUUCUUUUUGAAUUUUGCGCGUGUGGAUUAUUAUUAUUAUUUCAAUUCUCCACGCGUGGAUACACACACAGAGGACAAGACCAAUGGCGGCGGUCGGAUGGUGGUCAGCAGCCAUUUUACUGGCAGCGCUGGCAGUCUUCUUCGCAGACGGGAGGCCUAACAAUGACCAGGGGUUGCAUCCCUAUCGGCCUGUCUUGAGAUUCCGACAUAAGGAUGGAAUCACCGAGAGCGUAAAGAUGAAGGGUUUGAUGAACCACCACAGCGACCCGCCUCCAUGCGAGCACUGCGGCCUGGGCCGCCGUUGCUCCGUCAAUCCGCAGAUGGGUCGAGGGGAGUGUAACUGCUUGGAGCAUUGCAAACCUCACUACAAGCCUGUGUGCGGCUCAGACGGGAAACUUUACCCCAACCACUGUGAGCUGCACCGCGCGUCCUGCUCGGAACGUCGCAGGAUUAAAAUCGUUCACGGCGAAGAGUGUUUCUACAAAGGUGACAGCUGCAGACUGAGCGACUUCCGGCGCCUCAAGGCCAAGUUCUUGGACGUGUACGACAAAAGACAUGCCACGACAAAGGUGGCGAGCGGGAGCCGCAAAGACAACAUGGCCGCUAGGAAGCAGCUGGUCGACGCAAUGUUCAGAGGUUUCGACGCAGACAGAAAUGGGCAAAUCUCAGCAAGCGAACUUUCACAGGUGACGAAGCACCAAGGUCUGCCUAAGGACAUUGGCGAGUGUACAUUGUUGGAUCUGUUCAAGUACAACGAUGUGGACGAUGACCAGCACCUCACCAGGGAAGAAUUCUACACCACCUUCGAUGUGUACCUGUUGGAUCUGCCGGAGAGCCAGAGGGUGACGGCGAAGACCGUGACAGUGGGGCAAAGUGUCGUGCUGAUCUGUGCCAUCACGGGCCAGCGCCGCCCGCCCAUCCUGUGGAAGAGGCACAAUCAGUAUCUCAACGCCUUGAACCUCGACGACAUCAAUGACUUUGGCGAUGACGGCUCCUUGUACUUCACCAAGGUGAGCGCCGCCCACAUGGGCAAUUACACCUGCCACGCCGACGGCUACGAGAAACUCUUCCAGACGCACGUUCUCCACGUGGAUGUUCCGCCCGUUAUCCGAGUGUACCCGGAGAGCCAAGCCAGAGAACCGGGCAUCACCGCCAGCCUACGAUGCCACGCCGAGGGCAUCCCCCAGCCGCAGCUGACCUGGCUCAAGAACGGAAUGAAUAUCACACCCAAGCUAUCCAAGCAACUUACACUGCAAGCUAAUGGCAGUGAGGUGCACAUCAGCAACGUGCACUUUGAGGACACCGGCGCUUACACCUGCAUCGCUAAAAACCAGGCAGGCAUGGAUGAGGAUAUCUCCUCGCUCUUCAUAGAGGACUCGGCGCGCAAAACCUUGGCCAACAUUCUGUGGCGGGAUGAAGGUCUUGGUAUCGGAAACAUGUUCUACGUGUUCUACCAGGACGGCAUUAAAGUCAUCCAGCCGGUGGCGUGCGAGAUACAGAGACACAUCAAGCCCAGCGAGAAACUGCUGGCUCUUAAGGAGGAAGUGUGCCCUGCCUCAGAAGACGACGAAGUGCAGAAGUGUGUGUGGUCGGCGGCGGUCAACGUCAAGGACAAAUUUAUUUACGCGGCACAGCCCACGUUAGAUCGCUUGCUCAUUGUGGACGUCCAGUCGCAGAAGGCUGUCCAGACAGUCAGCACUGACCCAUAUCCUGUCAAGUUGCACUACGACAAGUCCCGUGACCAGGUGUGGAUCCUCAGCUGGGGGGACAGGCAGAAGAGCUUCCCUACUCUGCAGGUGAUCGGUGAGGCGAGCAUGAAGGUGUCCCACCACACGGUCCACAUGCAGCCGGUGGGUGGACGCUUCGACAGAGUGGACGGCUUCUUCAUCCCCUCCACCAGCCUGAUGGUAGACAGCCUAAGAUUUGGCCUCAUCUUUCACCGAAACGAGCCUGUCCUGCACAAGAUCGACUUGGACACGAUGGCUUAUGUGAGGAACAUCAGCCUGCGGGACUUUAACUGCAUCCCCAAGUCGGCGGCUUACACCCACCUGGGCGGCUACUACUUUAUCGAUUGCCGCCCCGACUCCACGGGCGCCACGCAGCCUCAGGUCAUCUUGGACAGUGUGACGGACGGCGUGGUGGGCCAGAAUCGUGACGUCACCGGAACGCCCCACACGUCCCCAGACGGCCGUUACCUCGUCACCGUGGACGAUGGCCACGGCCUAAUGCGGUUACAGACGGUGUCAGAGCGAGGCGAGGUCGGGGAGCCCUUUGACAUCCACACCAACCUGCACCUCUCCGACCUGGCCUUCCAGCGCUCCUUCACCGAGGCCCACCAGUACAACGUGUUCGGCAGCUCCGGCCGCCAGACCGACGUACUGUUUGUGGAGCUGCACAGCGGCAAGGUCAAGAUGAUCAAGAGCCUGAAAGAGGCCAUCAAACCGUACGAAUGGCCUUGGAGCGCCAGCAACCGGGCGGUGGUGGGCGGCGGGACUUUCGGCCAGUACCUCAUGACUCCUUCAAGGGAGUCCCUCUUCAUCCUGGAUGGGCGGCUCAACAAGCUCAACUGCGAGAUCACCGAUGUGGUCAAAGGCAACGUCUUGGUGUGGGUCGGGGAGACUUAAUUGGGUUCCCAUAUUGCUGUACUGAAUUUUGUGGGAGAGCAACAGAUUUGAAAAUGCUAAUUAAACAUGCCGAGCUCCAUAUUACGAUCGAGCCAAAAGUAAUCAGAGUCAAUAAAAUAAUUACACUGGUCAACUUUUUUUUUUUUUUUUUAUUCAAUCAGAGAUAAAAACUAUAAAGAAAAUAUUAAAGACAUUUUUUGAAUCGGCGUCAAAACACUCGAAGGGACACAUCUGGGAUUAAAAUUUGCUGUUGACCAAGUGUUAUUUAACAAAGCGAUACCUUUUUAAAAAAAUCCAAUACAGAUCCAGACGUCUCGUAAUUUACCCUGAACUUCUCUCCCGUGCCUUGAAGGAAAAUUAACCAGUCAUUUUUCUCCUUGCCCCUUCACAUUCAUGCUGAGCGCGGCUAUCCGCAGCCUGAUGCUGUCUGCUUUGAAGUGCAGCCCAAGAGUCUCAUUACAGUCCGAUGCUCACUAAACUAUAAGCAUCAUGUGGUCAAUUUUAAUUUGGUGUUUCAUUUUUGUUUGUUACUGUCCAAAGCAGGAAAAUCAAGUUGACUGUGAUGUUUCUUUCAGCUUUAAGAAGGCAAAAAUAUCACUUCAUUUCAAAGAUUGUUCCUUGAGAAAGAGGGAAAUGAGCACCUGUCUAUAUGAAAGAUUAAACCUUGACAGAAAGGAAUUUAGACUAGACUAGGAUGCACCCUGGUGAGAUUAGAGAUUAGAGUGAGAUAGACUGGCUAUUUAUGAUAUACAAUGUUGAAGACAAGCUUCCAUGCUGACAAUGGACUCCUUUCUAUGCAUUAACAAUCCCAAUGACAACUGCAUCUGAAAAAUCCACAGUGGACUUUUGCCGUGUAUAUACGAUAUGAAAUCUGUUUUCCCUGUCUCAUCGUGUGUCACGCGUCACUAUCCCAUUUUCUGCCACACAAUUUCUUUUACGCCCCGAGCGGCUGAUUCAAUUGGUUUGUUCCGAGUGUACAGAUUAAAACGCAAGUGAUGGUCCUCCACUUCACCGCUUUCCACAUCCAUGGUAUUCAUGUCCUCUGUGUGUGUGUGCGCGCGUCCCUUUUGUGCAACGGCUGAUUGCUAUUUAUACAUAUAUAAAUAACGCUUGUCCUU